AUGAUGGAUGUGAGUGAACUUGGGGAGUCAGCCUGCUAUCUCCGCCAGGGCUACCAGGAGUUGAUGAAGGUGCACACCGUCCCAUGGGAUGGAAAGAAAAGGGUUUGGGUGCCUGACGAACAAGAUGCCUAUGUGGAGGCUGAAGUCAAGUCGGAGGCCACUGGGGGCAAAGUCACCGUGGAGACCAAAGACCAGAAGGUGCUGACACUGCGUGAAAACGAACUGCAGCCCAUGAACCCACCCCGCUUCGACUUACUUGAGGACAUGGCCAUGAUGACGCACCUCAACGAGGCAGCCGUGCUGCACAACCUGCGCCAGCGUUACGCCCGCUGGAUGAUCUACACAUAUUCAGGCCUCUUCUGCGUCACCAUCAACCCCUACAAAUGGCUCCCAGUCUACUCAGCCGCGGUGGUGGCUGCCUACAAAGGGAAGCGCCGCUCGGAGGCGCCGCCUCACAUAUACUCGGUGGCGGAUAACGCCUACAACGACAUGCUGCGCAACCGAGAGAACCAGUCCAUGCUGAUCACCGGAGAAUCGGGGGCCGGUAAGACGGUCAACACCAAGCGGGUCAUCCAGUACUUUGCCAUUGUGGCUGCCCUGGGAGACGGGCCGGGCAAGAAGGCACAAUUUCUGGCAACGAAGACUGGGGGCACCCUUGAGGAUCAAAUCAUUGAGGCCAACCCUGCCAUGGAGGCUUUUGGCAAUGCCAAGACCCUGAGGAAUGACAACUCCUCCCGCUUUGGCAAGUUCAUCCGCAUCCACUUUGGCCCCUCUGGGAAGCUGGCCUCGGCGGAUAUUGACAGCUACCUCCUGGAGAAGUCACGAGUGAUCUUCCAGCUGCCUGGUGAGCGGGGUUACCAUGUUUACUACCAGAUUCUCUCAGGAAAGAAGCCAGAGCUGCAAGACAUGCUACUGCUGUCUAUGAACCCUUACGACUACCACUUCUGCAGCCAGGGCGUCACCACUGUGGAUAACAUGGACGAUGGCCAGGAGCUCAUUGCCACUGACCAUGCCAUGGAUAUCCUGGGCUUCAGCGUGGACGAGAAGUGUGCCUGCUACAAGAUCGUGGGUGCUCUCCUGCACUUUGGCAACAUGAAAUUCAAGCAGAAGCAGCGGGAGGAGCAGGCUGAGGCCGAUGGCACAGAGAGUGCUGACAAGGCUGCCUACCUGAUGGGGGUCAGCAGCGGGGAUCUCCUCAAAGGACUUCUGCACCCCCGGGUGCGUGUAGGGAACGAGUUUGUGACCAAGGGCCAGAGUGUGGAGCAGGUGGUAUUUGCUGUGGGCGCUCUGGCCAAGGCCACCUACGACCGGCUGUUCAGGUGGCUAGUGUCCCGGAUUAACCAAACGCUGGAUACAAAGCUGCCCCGACAGUUCUUCAUCGGGGUCCUGGACAUCGCUGGCUUUGAGAUCUUUGAGUUCAACAGCUUCGAGCAGCUGUGCAUCAACUUCACCAACGAGAAGCUGCAGCAGUUCUUCAACCAGCACAUGUUCGUGCUGGAGCAGGAGGAGUACAAGAAGGAGGGCAUCGAGUGGGAGUUCAUCGACUUCGGCCUGGACCUGCAGCCCUGCAUUGACCUCAUUGAGAAGCCUCUGGGCAUCCUGUCCAUCCUGGAGGAGGAGUGCAUGUUCCCCAAGGCCUCAGAUGCGAGCUUCCGGGCCAAGCUCUAUGACAACCACGCGGGGAAGUCACCUAACUUCCAGCAGCCCCGGCCUGACAAAAAGCGCAAGUACCAGGCCCACUUCGAGGUGGUGCACUACGCAGGCGUGGUACCUUAUAGCAUUGUGGGCUGGCUGGAGAAAAAUAAGGAUCCCCUGAAUGAGACAGUGGUCCCCAUCUUCCAAAAGUCACAGAACAGACUCUUGGCCACCCUGUAUGAGAACUAUGCAGGCUCCUGCUCCAAUGAGCCCCCCAAAUCUGGGGUGAAGGAGAAACGUAAGAAAGCGGCAUCAUUCCAGACGGUGUCCCAGCUGCACAAGGAGAACCUCAACAAGCUGAUGACCAACCUGCGGGCCACACAGCCCCACUUCGUCCGGUGCAUUGUCCCCAAUGAGAACAAGACUCCAGGGGUCAUGGAUUCCUUCUUGGUGCUACACCAACUACGCUGCAAUGGGGUCUUGGAAGGGAUCCGGAUCUGCCGCCAGGGAUUCCCCAACAGGCUGCUAUAUGCGGACUUCAGGCAGCGGUACCGAAUACUGAACCCCAGUGCUAUCCCAGAUGACACCUUUGUGGACAGCAGGAAGGCCACAGAGAAGCUGCUGGGCUCCCUGGAUAUCGACCACACUCAGUACCAGUUUGGCCACACCAAGGUGUUCUUCAAGGCUGGGCUUCUGGGCAUCCUGGAGGAACUCCGUGACCAGCGUCUGGCGAAGGUGUUGACGCUGCUGCAGGCUCGGAGCCGGGGCCGCCUCAUGCGCCUCGAGUACCAGCGCAUGCUGGGAGGCAGGGACGCCCUGUUCACCAUCCAGUGGAACAUCCGGGCCUUCAACGCCGUCAAGAACUGGUCGUGGAUGAAGCUCUUCUUCAAGAUGAAACCUCUGCUUCGCUCGGCGCAGGCCGAGGAGGAGCUGGCGGCCCUGCGGACGGAGCUGCGUGGGCUGCGCGGGGCGCUGGCUGCCGCGGAGGCCAAGCGUCAGGAGCUGGAGGAGGCGCAAGUCAGUGUCGUCCAGGAGAAGAAUGACCUGGCCCUGCAGCUGCAGGCAGAGCAGGAAAACCUGGCAGAUGCUGAGGAGCGCUGCCACUUGCUGAUCAAGUCCAAAGUGCAGCUGGAGGCGAAGGUGAAGGAGCUGAGUGAGCGGCUGGAGGAUGAGGAGGAGGUGACCGCUGAUCUGGCGGCCCGCCGCCGCAAGCUGGAGGACGAAUGCACAGAACUCAAGAAGGACAUCGAUGACUUGGAGUUGACACUGGCCAAGGCUGAGAAAGAGAAACAAGCCACGGAGAACAAGGUGAAGAACCUGACAGAAGAGAUGGCUACGCUGGACGAAUCAGUGGUGCGGCUGACCAAGGAGAAGAAAGCGUUACAGGAGGCCCACCAGCAGGCCCUGGGUGACCUGCAGGCCGAGGAGGACCGCGUGAGCGCACUGGCCAAGGCCAAGAUCCGGCUGGAGCAGCAAGUGGAGGAUCUGGAGUGCUCCCUGGAGCAGGAGAAGAAGCUGCGCAUUGACGCGGAGCGGGCCAAGCGCAAGCUCGAGGGCGAUCUGAAGCUGACGCAGGAGAUGGUGACAGACACCACCCAGGACAAGCACCAGCUGGAGGAGAAGCUGAAGAAGAAGGAUUCAGAGCUGAGUCAGCUGACCCUGAGGGUGGAAGAUGAGCAACUCGUGGGGACCCAGCUGCAGAAAAAGAUCAAGGAACUGCAGGCACGAGCCGAGGAGCUGGAAGAGGAGCUGGAGGCUGAGCGGGCGGCCCGGGCCCGGGUGGAAAAGCAACGGGCAGAGGCGGCCCGGGAGCUCGAGGAGCUGAGUGAGCGCCUGGAGGAGGCCGGCGGGGUAUCGGCCGGUCAGCGCGAGGGUUGCCGCAAGCGUGAGGCUGAGCUGGGCCGGCUGCGGCGGGAACUCGAGGAAGCGGCCCUGCGACAUGAGGCCACCGUGGCCGCCCUGCGCCGUAAGCAGGUGGACGGUGCAACAGAGCUGAGCGAGCAGGUGGACAGUCUGCAGCGGGUCCGGCAGAAACUGGAGAAGGAGAAGAGCGAGCUGCGCAUGGAGGUGGACGAUCUAGGCGCCAGCGUGGAAACUCUGACUCGUGGCAAGGCCAGUGCAGAAAAGCUGUGUCGGACUUAUGAGGAUCAGCUAAGUGAGGCCAAAAUUAAGGUGGAGGAGCUGCAGCGACAGCUGGCUGAUGCGAGCUCCCAGCGUGGGCGGCUGCAGACUGAGAAUGGGGAGCUGAGCCGUCUGCUGGAGGAGAAAGAAUCUCUCAUCAGCCAGCUGAGCCGUGGGAAGACCUCAGCUGCCCAGAGCCUGGAGGAACUGCGGAGACAGCUGGAGGAGGAGAGCAAGGCCAAGGGUGCACUGGCCCAUGCAGUGCAAGCCUUGCGACAUGACUGUGACCUCCUGCGGGAACAGCAUGAGGAAGAGACGGAGGCUCAGGCUGAGCUACAGCGGCUGCUGUCCAAGGCCAAUGCUGAGGUGGCCCAGUGGAGGAGCAAGUAUGAGGCCGAUGCCAUCCAGAGGACAGAGGAGCUGGAGGAGGCCAAGAAGAAGCUGGCCCUGCGGCUGCAGGAGGCAGAAGAAGGCGUAGAGGCUGCAAAUGCCAAGUGCUCAUCACUGGAGAAGGCCAAGCUACGGCUACAGACGGAGUCAGAGGAUGUGACCCUGGAGCUAGAGCGGGCCACCUCAGCAGCUGCCGCGCUGGACAAGAAGCAGCGGCACCUGGAGCGCGCGCUGGAGGAGCGGCGGAGGCAGGAGGAGGAGAUGCAGCGGGAGCUGGAGGCGGCGCAGAGAGAGGCCCGCGGCCUGGGCACGGAGCUCUUCCGACUGCGCCACAGCCACGAGGAGGCGCUCGAAGCCCUGGAGACGCUCAAGCGGGAGAACAAGAACCUGCAGGAGGAGAUCAGUGAGCUCACAGACCAGAUCGGCCUCAAUGGGAAGAACAUCCAGGAACUGGAGAAAGCCAAGAAGGCAUUGGAAGGGGAGAAGGCAGAGCUGCAGGCCGCACUGGAGGAGGCCGAGGGGGCCCUGGAGCUGGAGGAGACCAAGACUCUGCGGAUCCAGCUGGAGCUGUCCCAGGUCAAGGCAGAAGUGGACCGGAAACUGGCAGAAAAGGAUGAGGAGUGCACUAACCUGAGGCGCAAUCACCAGCGGGCAGUGGAGUCCCUGCAGGCCUCCCUGGACGCAGAGACCCGGGCCCGCAAUGAGGCACUGCGGCUCAAGAAGAAGAUGGAGGGUGACCUCAAUGACCUGGAGCUGCAACUAGGCCACGCCACCCGCCAGGCCAUGGAGGCACAGGCCGCCACGAGGCUGCUGCAGGCCCAACUCAAGGAGGAGCAGGCAGGGCGUGAUGAAGAGCAGCGGCUGGCUGCAGAGCUCCGUGAGCAGGGCCAGGCCCUGGAGCGCCGGGCGGCACUGCUCGCGGCUGAGCUGGAAGAGCUGCGGGCUGCCCUGGAGCAGGGAGAGCGCAGCCGGAGGCUGGCGGAACAGGAGCUGUUGGAGGCCACGGAGCGCCUCAACCUACUGCAUUCACAGAACACGGGCCUCCUGAACCAGAAAAAGAAGCUAGAGGUGGACUUGGCCCAGCUGAGUGGGGAGGUGGAGGAAGCUGCCCAGGAGAGGCGGGAGGCUGAGGAGAAGGCCAAAAAGGCCAUCACCGAUGCAGCGAUGAUGGCUGAGGAGCUGAAAAAGGAGCAAGACACGAGUGCCCAUCUGGAACGCAUGAAGAAGACACUGGAGCAGACGGUGCGGGAGCUGCAGGCUCGCCUCGAGGAAUCCGAGCAGGCCGCGCUCCGGGGUGGGAAGAAGCAGGUGCAGAAGCUGGAGGCCAAGGUGCGCGAGUUGGAGGCGGAGCUCGACGCAGAGCAGAAGAAGCACGCGGAGGCGCUCAAGAGCGUGCGGAAACACGAGCGCCGGGUCAAGGAGCUUGCGUACCAGGCUGAAGAGGACAGGAAGAACCUGGCGCGCAUGCAGGACCUGGUGGACAAGCUGCAGAGCAAGGUCAAGAGCUACAAGCGCCAGUUUGAGGAGGCGGAGCAGCAGGCCAGCACCAACCUGGCCAAGUAUCGCAAGGCUCAGCAUGAGCUGGAUGAUGCUGAGGAGCGAGCGGACAUGGCGGAGACCCAGGCUAACAAGUUGCGGGCCCGGACACGGGAUGCCCUGGGCCCCAAGCACAAGGAGUGACAGUCUAAGCCCAACACCCCAGGCUCUGAAGGGGACGUCCACCUCGAUCCUGGUGGCUCUUCGUUCCUGCCUUCUGCCACACCAUCCUCCCCAAGCCCCGGAACCUUGAAGAAACACAUCUCCAGCAAUGGCCUGUAGCCUCAUUCCUUGGGGUUUUGGAGAACAAAUACAGUCUCAUGGACAAAGUGAG